UAGAGUGGAGACUGAGAGCCAGGCCUUCUCCACCAACAUCAGUGUGUGACCACACGAAUAACCUUUAUGAAGAAUGGUCAGAAAUUCCUACAAACACUCCUCAACUUGUGGACAGUCUUCCCAGAAGAGGUAAAGCUGUAACAUCUGCAAAAGGUGGACCAACAUCAUAUUGAACUCUUUGGGCAAUGAUCAACGUCACCUUCAGGAUGAACACUCAAAGCUUUUGUAUUUGAGCUGCUGGAAUGUGCUUUGUGAUUGACAGAGAGCUGGACUUUAUCACCACGAGUGCUACCUGGGAUUCCCUCCGGAACGGUCCGUUCAAUCCACGCUCGCCUCGCCAGCUGUUCAUGUCCUCGCAGCCUUCACCGAAGCCCUCCAGCCACGCCACGUCUUCCUGCUACUCACCUGCAAUCUGGAACCGAAGAUCCCGCUUUUGGAAAAUCACCUGCUGGCUCAAAGCUUUUAUGUGGUUUGAGCUGUAUAUUUCAGAGAGCAGUCUGUUAGGGGGAAAAGAGCUGGGUCAGAGUUUGGUACUCCAUCCUACCGAAUAGAACAUUAAAGAGUCGGUGCAGAGGAGCAUCAACUGUGUCACGGUUUAUCCAGAUUUAGUAACAUUAUUUAGCUUUUUUAACCCCGAGCUUUGCUUCAAAGGACGAGCCUGCUUCACCUUCAGUAAAAACCCAUCAAUGCUCAUAACAGCUGAAAAGCUGUGAUGAGUUUGGGUCGGCACCAAGUGAUGCUUCUAGUUUCAACUUUUCCAGAUCUGGGAUUUUCUCCAACAGAAUGCUGAGUAUGACCGACUCUAAGCAGCUCUGAGUUUGGUUUCAAGCAUCUCAGCAGAUGUUUGCUGAUAAGCUGAUCCUCUAUAGCAUAUAUGUUUACUCCUCAGGUAUCCCAUGACGCAACAGGACAGGAGGAGGAGCUUCAGUAUGAAGCUCCAAAUACAGUUUUACUGAUUUAGAUUGGAGUGAAAACAUUAAGACUUUCUCUUACACACAGCAGUGUUUACCUGUCCUGCAGGGUUUGAAUGAAGUCCUGGUUAAACUCACCUGUCUACCUGAGGACUGCACCCUUUAGUCUGCAGGUGUAGGUGCUAAACUGUUUGGAUUACACGCAGCAAAAAGAGCUGGCCAACCUCAGUCUGCCUCUAAUUUACACCUGUCUGCAGCACUUCUCUUCCUUCUGGUUCAGAACCUCUUUGUCGUCCUCAUGUCAGUCCUGGAUGAAGAAAAGGCACAAGCAGAAAGAGGGAGAAGCAGGAAGGAGGAGUCUGUCUGUCAUCCUAUCACUCCCAUCAUGAGCUACAAGCUUCGACCCCCCAGCCCCAGGAUCACAAGGACGUCUAGUUACAAGACAACUUUCAGCCCUGAAAAAACAGCCUCCUCCGUCCAGGGGGGCCCUUCCCAGCAGGGCUCCCCACCCAGGACUCCACGCAGGCUCAGUUUUAGUGGGAUCUUCAGGUCAGCCUUCAGAGAUGUGAACCAGCAACUUCCAUUAUCACCUGCCAGAAACAAACUGUUCAUCCGCAACAGCAGAAAAAAGGCCAGAGCCCAAAGCCUGAGCUCGCCUCCCCCGGCUCCCCCUCCUGCUCCCCCUUCCAGCAGGGAGGAGGAUGUUGUUUUCCAGCUACAGACGUACCUGUCGGAGCCGCAGCGUCCAGAGAGCAGGAGGCUGCGCUCUUUUUCCUCCCCACCUGACCCCGGACAACGCUUCGCUCUCCCAACCUCCACCUUCGCGUGCUGCCAGCAGCCGCCCCAAGCCCCACCCACUCAUGCGUCUCCUCCAAUCAGCAUUCAGGCCGGGGCUGCAGACGGCAUGACGGAGCAGCAGGACCUAGAUGAUGCAGUGUCCGAGGAGUCAGAAAGAGACAUCUACAUGCGCUUCAUGAAGUGCCACAAGUGUUAUGACAUCAUCCCCACCAGCUCCAAACUGGUGGUGUUCGACACAACACUGCAGGUUAAGAAGGCUUUCUUUGCUUUGGGGGCCAACGGAGUUAGAGCCGCUCCACUUUGGGAGAGCAAGAAGCAGAGCUUUGUUGGAAUGUUGACCAUCACAGACUUUAUUAACAUCCUGACCAGAUACUACAAGUCGCCCAUGGUGCAGAUCUAUGAACUGGAGGAACACAAGAUUGAGACAUGGAGAGAGCUGUACCUGCAGGAGACUUUCAAACCUCUAGUCCACAUCCCACCUGAUGCCAGCAUAUUUGAAGCUGUUUACUCUCUGAUCAAGAACAAGAUCCACCGCCUCCCUGUCAUCGAUCCGAUCAGUGGGAACGCACUCUACAUCCUGACCCACAAAAGAAUCCUGAAGUUCCUUCAGCUCUUUGUGUGUGAGAUGCCCAUGCCGGCCUUCAUGAAACAGUCUCUGCAGCAGCUCGGCGUCGGGACAUACUCCAACAUUGCCUACAUCCACCCUGACACGCCGCUCAUCACCGCGCUGUCCGUCUUCACUCACCGCCGCGUCUCCGCCCUCCCUGUUGUCGACCACAACGGUCGGGUGGUGGACAUCUACUCCAAGUUUGACGUCAUUAACCUGGCUGCCGAGAAGACCUACAACAACCUGGACGUGACAGUCACUCAGGCGCUGCGGCACCGCUCGCAGUACUUUGAGGGGGUCAUGAAGUGCAACAGACUGGAGACGCUGGAGACCAUCGUGGACCGCAUUGUGAAGGCCGAGGUUCACAGGCUGGUUGUGGUGGAUGAAGAUUCUCGUAUUGUUGGCAUCGUGUCGCUGUCUGACAUCCUGCAGGCUUUGGUCCUCACUCCUGCAGGUCUGGAACGGAAGGAGUCCAUCUCCUCUCAGCCCACAGAGGUUGACACAGCUGAGUCAGAGACACCUCACAGAAUAGAACCGGAUCAGAAUCAGGAACAGGAGCUGGAACCUGAGGCUCUAAAGAAACCCGAACUGGACAAAGAGUCUAAUGAAGACUCAGAAACAGCUUUCAGGGAGGCUUCACAGAGCUGCCAGCAAAGGGAGACAGAGGAAGCAAAAGCAGAGCAAAGGGAGGAGGAAGGAGAUGAGGAGACGCCACAGAGAGAGACAGCGGAGACGGAAGGACAGGGGGCCGAGGAGGAGACGCAUAGAAAGACGGAGGAGAAAGAGGAGGCCAUGGUGGAGGGGAAGGAAGAAGAGGUGGACGAGAAAACCCAGGAGGAGGAACAGGAAAAGAAGAGUGGUGAAGAGGAGGAAGAGGGGGAGAAGACAGAGGAGGAGAACAACACAGCUGAAUGUGAGGAACAAGAGGAAGAAGGAAAGAACAAUGAGGACGAAACUGAAGAGGGAGGUGAGGAAGAGGGACUAGAGCAUAGAGCUGAUGAAGGAGGCAGUGAAGAGGAGGUGUGACAUCAUCUCUGCAGGUCCACGUAGGGCUAACCUCCAAAGAAGAAAUUGGGGUUGUGAUUGGACAGCAGCUCUGCCAGUGGGAGGGGCUUUUGAGUCUGACUUGAACCUAUCAAUGAUGUUUAAGAUUUUUAUUCUGGUUAAGUCUCCUUGCCCCCCUGGUGAUGAAGGCCAGGUUCCACCAUAUCAGAAACUGUUUCCAGCUUUGACAAACAAACGUGUCGGAUUUACUAGUUUGAAAUCCAUGAAACUGGACCAGAACCAAGAGUGGACGAUGUGAUGCACUGACGGAACAAAGUUUCGGAUGGACUGUAGGGGGGGGGGGGGGGGGUUGAGCUGGUUAAUGAUUUCAAUGUUCAAUGAUUUUUAGAACCAUAAAAAAAAUCAUAGUUGUUGGUAAAACUUGAUAUUUUAUAAAAUAUAAAGAAAAUAUGUUAUUCAUAGAUAAGUGUAUUGAUGCAUUUGCAGGUGAAGGGGCGGGGCUUCAUACAGAUCAGACCAAAUGAGGGUUUAAGCAAACUAUAUCUUUACUUUUUUAAGUUGUUGCCAUAUUGCUGAGUUAUCAAAUAUUUCCAUGGAGACGAGACUUCCUGUCAGAUGUGCUUCAAAAUUGAUCAAAUAAAGCUCCUGAUGAUUUUA